CAUAAAUACACUAAUCGGAUGAUCCACAUAAAGAUGUGACUGUUGAAACUAAGGUUCAGUUGAAUUUUUAACUUCGAUAAAGCAUCCGCAAAGAUAAACGUCCACAAAAUGAAAUAUUCAAUUUUGGUUUUGUUUUUGGUAGCGAUUCUGUUGCCGCAAAAUGAGUCUGCUGGUGUUCAAGAGACAGUUUAUCAAGUUAUUUCUGAACAACUUGGUAUUGCAGUAACAGAUAUAACCUUGGAGGAAAAGAUUGCAAAUUUGGGCGCAGAUGGCCCAGACAUCGUUGGAAUUUUUCUUAACAUUGAAGAUAAACUUCAAAUUGCCAUCCCAGAAGAAGAUGAAAAGGGUUUUGUUACAGUGAACGACGUGGUUCAAUAUAUUAAAACCAAUUUUCCAAAUUUAAUGUAAAAUGAAAAUUAUUUGAUGGAAUUAUACAUUCAAUCGAAUUAGAUGUACAAACAGGCGCCACUGAGAAAUUGAAAUAAUAAUAAAAAAAUUAAUGUAAGACCGAG